GAGACCUCGCCCUCUCCGUGUCUCCGCCCUGCUCGGUGCAGCUUCCUCAGGUGUUUUCAGGCUGGGACGGGACUGUCCGCGUGCAGCAGGCCUCACCUCCGCGGAACAUCAUGGGAAUACAACUCAUAACUGCACCCGGAAUUUAAGAACAAUCUGAUAUUAGACGUUCAGCUAUGAGGAGGACUGAGUACCGGACACAGGAGAGGAUCUUUGCUGGAUGUUUCUGACACACCGCGGAUUACUUCAACUAGAAGUCAGCGCAGGUGUGGCUGCUGUCGCACCCGAGGCAGGCUGUUUGGCUGCUUUUUAAUUUAUUUAAAGUUUUCGUGCAUUAGGACACAGUUUGUGUCGUUGAGGUCUCGCGAUGCCGGAGCAGAUUACUGUGAAUGAGUUUAUUGCGGAGACUAAUGAGGACUACAAAGCUCCAACAACGUCCAGCUUCACCACUCGGAUGUCCCACUGCAGGAACACAGUGGCGUCUCUGGAGGAGGCUCUGGACGUGGACCGAUCCGUCCUGCACAAGAUCAAGAAGUCGGUGAAGGCCAUCCACUCAUCAGGUCUGGCGCACGUGGACAACGAGGAGCAGUUCAUCCAGUCCCUGGAGAAGUUCGGAAGAGACGACCCCGAGGUCGGCUCGGCCUUCCUCAAGUUCUCCGGGUUCACCAGAGAGCUGACGGCGCUCUUCAAAAACCUGUUGCAGAACAUGAGCAACAUCAUCACGUUUCCUCUGGACAGCCUGCUGAAGGGAGACCUGAAGGGAGUCAAAGGGGAUCUAAAGAAGCCGUUUGACAAAUCCUGGAAGGAUUAUGAGACCAAAUUAGCGAAGAUCGAGAAGGAGAAGAGAGAACACGCCAAGCAGCACGGGAUGAUUCGCACGGAGUUCAGCGGCGGCGAGAUCGCCGAGGAGAUGGAGAAGGAGAGACAACUCUUCCAGCUGCAGAUGUGUGAGUAUCUACUCAAAGUGAAUGAGAUCAAAGUGAAGAAAGGCGUCGACUUCCUGCAGAACCUCAUCAAGUAUUUCCACGCUCAGUGCAAUUUUUUCCAGGAUGGACUGAAAGCCGUCGAGAGUCUGAAACCCCAUGUAGAGAAGCUGACGACAGAGCUGACGACGAUUAAGCAGACUCAGGACGGUGAGAGGAAACAGCUGACUCAGCUCCGAGAUGUCCUGAAGGUGUCUCUGCAGUCCGAGCAAAAAGAAGAUGCUCAGAACAAACAGAGUGCCGGUUACAGCCUCCAUCAACUGCAGGGCAACAAGGCGCAUGGCACUGAGCGCUCCGGAUUCCUCUACAAGAAGAGUGAGGGACUGAGGAAGGUUUGGCAGAAGAGGAAGUGCUCGGUGAAGAACGGUUUCCUGACCAUCUCCCACGGCACGUGCUUAAUUUCUAAAGUGGGAGGUCCCGGAGUGCAGAGGGGGGGUGGAUCCGGCGACUCAAAAUGGGGGUUGGAGGCCAACAGACCUCCAGCCAAACUGAACCUGCUCACCUGCCAGGUGAAGAGGAAUCCGGAGGAGAAGAAGAGCUUCGACCUCUUCUCACACGACAGGACGUAUCACUUCCAGGCCGAGGACGAAGCCGAGUGUCAGGUCUGGGUGUCCGUGCUGCAGAACAGCAAAGAGGAGGCUCUGAACGCUGCGUUCAAAGGCGAUCAGGACGAAGGAGAGAACAACAUCGUGCAGGAGCUGACCAGAGCCAUCGUCGAGGAGGUGAAGAGGAUGAGCGGCAACGACAGCUGCUGCGACUGUGGAGCCCCCGGUCCCACGUGGCUGUCCACCAACCUUGGGGUGCUGAUCUGCAUCGAGUGUUCGGGGAUCCACCGCGAGAUGGGGGUCCACUACUCCCGGAUCCAGAGUCUGGACCUGGACGUCCUGGGAACCUCCGAGCUGCUGUUGGCGAAGAACGUGGGAAACGCCAGCUUCAACAAGAUCAUGGAGGCGGAGCUCUCGGCGCAGGACGUCACCAAACCGGACCCGAGCAGCGACAUGCAGACGAGGAAGGAUUACAUCACCGCCAAGUACACAGAGAAGCGUUGGGUUAGGCGUGUGUGCGGCGACGCGGCGUCCAGACUGAAGUGUCUGUGUGACGCGGUGAUGAACCAGGACAUCGAGGCCCUGAUCCAGGUCUACGCUGAGGGGGCGGACCUGCGGGACACAAUCCCAAUACCCAACCAACACGAACCUGAAGAGACGGUGCUCCACCUGGCGGUCCGAAUGGUCGACAGAAACUCGCUCCACAUCGUGGACUUCCUCGCCCAAAAUAGUGGGAAUCUGGACAAGCAGACAGCCAGAGGAAGUACAGCGCUGCAUUACUGCUGUCUGACUGAUAACAGCGAGUGUCUGAAGCUGCUGCUGAGAGGGAAAGCUUCCAUCUCCAUCACGAACGACGCCGGAGAGACGCCGCUGGACCUCGCCAAACGCCUCCACCACACUCAGUGUGAAGAGCAGCUGAUUCAGGCUCAGACGGGAAAGUUUAACGUGCACGUUCACGUGGAGUACGAGUGGCGUCUCCAGAACGACGACAUGGACGAGAGUGACGACGAGAUGGAGGACAAGCCGAUCCCGAUCCCGACUCGGCGCGACGAGCGUCCGGUGAGCUGCUUCGUGCCGGGCCACGGUGGUCCCGUGCCGGGCCUCGGUGGACCCGUGCAGCCCAACCUGGCGGCGCUGGCCCGGGACGCCGCCUCUCUGGCACGGGACAAACAGCGCCCGCCGGCGCCGAGCGUGAUGAUCAGCAACGAGACGUACGGCACCAUCAUGGACCUUAACCUGCCACCACCGGGACCACUGCCACCACUGCCGCCCAGAGGGCCCAACAGAGGACCCGGUAAAGCUGCUGUCAUGGAAACGGUAGGAAGACAGCGGUCGUCCUCCGACCCCCCCAACCCUCAAACCCCCGACAGGGUCUCCUCCAUGUACGUGCUCCCAGUAGCCCCUCCCCCUCCUCCCCCUCCAGUAAACAAGAGGACCAGCAUGUUGGAGACCAAAGCCAGGACCACCCCCCUCCCCCCUCGGCCCCCCCCAGGACCCCCACCCCCGCCCGUCCCACCACCCCCCCUCUUCAGAGCUCCACCUGUCCCCCCACUGGUCCCUCUUCACCAGACCACCAAACCAGCAGGACCAGCAAGACCCAAGUCCCCCAAAUCUCCCACAGGAUCAGGUCCUCCACAGAGACCUCCGGUCAGGAACGCAUCCAUGGGCAAACAAGGGUCAAAGCCCAAAUCCCCACACGGUGCAGCUCCUCCUCCGACCCCCAAACCCAGGAGCGCCUUCUCCAAGCAGAAGCCUCAGAGAGUGAAAGCCAUCUACAACUGUUCGGCCGAUAAUCCAGACGAGCUGACGUUCACGGAGGGCGAGGUCAUCGUGGUGGAGCGGGAGGAGGACAGCGAGUGGUGGGUCGGUCACGUUGAAGCAGACCCGACUCGGCGAGGAGCGUUUCCUGUAACCUUCGUUCACUUCAUCACAGAGUGACCCAGGCGCCAACGCCACCGAGACGACAACGCCACCGAGACACCAACGCCAGCGCCAGCGAGACGGCACUGUGUUCAGACGUUUCCUCUGCAGCCCGGCAGGACUCCAUCUUUACAAACUGCUCAGACUCUCAGAACUUCAUCUCAUGUUUCUGUUAAUGGAGAUUUUAGUUCAUCGUUCUUUAACCAACAUACAUUAAAUCAUACCCUGUGUGUGUGUGUGUGUGUGUGUGUGUGUGUGUGUUGUGUGUGUGUGUGUGUGUGUGUGUGUGUGUGUGUGUGUGUGUGUGUGUGUGUGUGUCUG